AUGGCGAAGGUCGGCCGGCUGGAAAGCAAUAGAAGCCUUGAGAGCCUUUUGGACAUGGACAAAUUAGGUGCUGCAGGUAAAAACGCUGUGCCUCUGGCACCCCGGAAGACGGUUCCCGGCCACGGCCUUGAAUUCAGCAGCCUCUCAUACAGUGUCAUAAAGAAGCAGAAGAAGGAUGGCCAUUGGAUCAAGAAAGAAGCGUAUCUUCUUAAUGACAUCUCUGGCCAGGCCGUUAAAGGUGAAAUUAUGGCCAUCAUGGGGCCUAGUGGUGCUGGAAAAUCCACUUUUCUUGAUGCUCUGGCUGGCCGGAUUGCACAAGGGAGUCUACAAGGCUCUGUUCAAAUCGACGGGAAGCCGGUUACUACUAGCUACAUGAAAAUGGUAUCUUCAUAUGUGAUGCAAGACGAUCAGCUCUUCCCCAUGUUGACAGUGUUUGAGACAUUCAUGUUUGCAGCCGAGGUCAGGCUUCCUCCUUCCAUUUCAAGGGCUGAGAAGAAAAAGAGAGUCUAUGAGCUCCUUGAUCAACUCGGCUUGCAGAGUGCAACACAUACAUAUAUUGGUGAUGGGGAGACAAGAGGGGUGUCAGGAGGGGAACGACGGAGGGUCUCCAUAGGAAUCGACAUCAUCCAUAAGCCAUCGUUGCUGUUCCUCGACGAACCCACCUCAGGUCUGGAUUCUACAAGUGCUUACAGUGUGGUGGAAAAGGUGAAGGACAUAGCUAAAGGUGGCAGCAUCGUCCUCAUGACCAUCCACCAGCCUUCCUAUCGCAUUCAAAUGCUCCUCGACCGCAUCACUGUCCUUGCCAGGGGAAGACUGAUAUAUUUGGGAAGCCCACUUGCCCUUUCUGCUCACCUAACAGGAUUUGGAAGGCCAUUACCAGAAGGAGAGAACAGCCUCGAGUAUCUCCUCGAUGUGAUCAAAGAGUAUGAUGAAUCAACCGUAGGGCUAGACCCGCUAGUGAAGUACCAACAAGAUGGCAUCAAACCUGAUCAAGUGGCCCAAACCCCCAUUCCAAAAACACCUCGGACACCUUACAAAAAGAGCCCUGCUGUAUCUAGGCACAUGAUCAGCCUCCGUAGUAAUAAUGCAUUCUCUUCUGGGAACAUGACACCUCGACCGGACUCAUCCGGACGGGAUGAUUACGACAAUGAUGACGACGAGGAUGAUGAGGAAGAGGAUGAGGAUUUUGACAACUCACUUGAAAGGAAAAUGGUACACACGCCAAUGCACAGUGGUGUCUAUAAUCCUCGCCUAGCUUCUCAUUUCUACAAAGAUUUCUCGGCCUGGAUCUACCAUGGUGUCAAGGGAACCCCUCAUCAUCGACCGUCAUGGACUCCGGCGAGAACACCCGGACAGACCCCUGGUGCACUCACUCCGGGAGGACCAAGAAGCCUAGUUUCAAGCCAAUAUCCAACACCUCAACACAAUCCUACUAGAACUCCUGCAGUAGCCUUUAGCCCGUCCAUGGACUCUUAUGCACCAAGUUCUUAUGAACAAUUUGAGGUGGGAGAAGUGCUUGACGAGCAGCAGUAUCACGGCCCCAAAUAUGCAAACCCAUGGAUCCGUGAGGUUGUGGUUCUCUCAUGGCGGACGGCACUCAACGUGGUUCGAACUCCAGAACUCUUCCUUUCACGGGAGAUUGUGUUGGGAGUAAUGGCACUCAUUCUAUCAUCCCUUUUCGAAAAGCUCAACCACCGUACCUUCAAAGACAUCAACCGCCUUCUCAACUUCUACAUCUUUACAGUCUGCCUUGUUUUCUUUUCCUCCAACGAUGCCGUGCCGACGUUUAUCCAGGAAAGAUUCAUCUUCAUGAGAGAGACAUCCCACAACGCUUAUCGCGCUUCUUCUUACGUCGUCUCCUCGCUCAUCGUGUACCUCCCAUUCUUUGCAAUACAAGGUCUUACAUUUGCAGCCAUCACCAAAUUCAUCCUUCAUCUCAAAGGCAAAAUCCUCUACUUCUGGCUAAUCCUCUAUGCCUCACUCAUUACAACCAAUGCUUAUGUGAUGCUUGUCAGUGCACUUGUUCCAAGCUACAUUACAGGAUAUGCCGUUGUGAUUGCCACCACAGCUCUCUUCUUCCUGACUUGUGGCUUCUUCCUGAAGAGAACUCAAAUACCAAUAUACUGGAGGUGGCUGCAUUACAUUUCAGCAAUCAAAUACCCUUUUGAGGCAUUGUUGACAAAUGAAUUCAAAGGAAACAGAUGCUACAAUGGGCAACCACAGGAUCUUUCACCAGGUCCUCUAGGAGAGGUGAGGUUCAGCAAUCUCCACAACACAACUAUUUCACCACUGCGAAAAGAUUGCAUGCUGAUAGGACAAGACGUGUUGUUCUCGAUGGAUAUAGGGGAGAAGGAUAGUAUUUGGUUUAACAUAGCAAUCUUGCUGGCUUGGGGAGUUCUUUAUCGUCUCUUCUUCUACUUGGUUCUCAGAUUUUACUCCAAGAAUGAGAGAAAAUGAAGUAAUCUGUUAUCUCUUUGCAUUUGCUACUAUCUUAAUUUUAUGUUUGUCUCCAAAGUUGGAGAGUAGCUAAUACAUUAUUCAACCAUAUAUUUAUG